GUUGGUGAUUAGAGCGGAGAUUCAAUACAUGCCUAUGUUAUUGUAAAUCUUGCGCAUGAGAGUUGAAAAGAGGUUUCUUCCAUUCAGAUGUUUCAGUUAUCUACGUACCUAACGAGAGUCAAGAAGUAAAAUAAGUCCAGUGUUCUUUUUAUAUUCAAUCAUAGAACCAAUAAUAAAAAUGUUUAAUUAAUUUAUAUCAGUUUGUCUUAAAUUCAAUCGAUCUAUAAAUAAUCAAAGAUGUUACUCACAAGGCUAGUGUUUGCAUUGAGUAUCACUGCUUUGCUAUCAGUUUGCAGUGCAUAUAGAAUACUCGGUGUCUUUCCAUUCAAUGCUAAGAGUCAUAAUAUAGUAUUCGAAGCAUUAAUGAAAGGUUUGGCAAAACGUGGUCAUCAGGUGGAUGUCAUUUCGCAUUUUCCACUUAAACGACCCCUCAAAAACUACAACGAUAUCAUCAAUCUUGAUGGAUCGAUGGAAAGCCUCAUGAAUAAUUACACUAUUGAGUUUGUAUCUCAAUUCUCGAGCUUAUUAGCAGAUGUGGGCAUUAUAGCCGCGGAAUAUGGUAACAGGCUAUGCCAUUUCAUGGGCUUUGAAGAAAUGCAAAAACUAAUAAAAAAUCCACCGACUGAUCCACCUUACGAUCUCGUAGUUACAGAGGUUUUUGGCGCACACUGUUACAUAGGAUUCGGUCACGUUUUCAAAGUGCCCGUAGUUGCAAUUUCAUCAGCUAUUGAAUACCCAUGGAUUAGUAGCUUCAUUGGAAAUGAUGACAACCCUGCUUACGUUCCGAAUGUUUAUCAUAUCGGCACUGGAAAAAUGAAUUUUCUCGGGCGAUUGAAAACUAUGGUCACAAAUUACGCGGCAAUAAGUCUAUUUCAUUACCUAACUGGAGAAAGCCAAACAGAAUCUAUGAGAAAAUAUUUAAGUCCUGAUAUAUCUCAUAUUAGGGAUGUUGAGAAAAGUAUUGCUUUGACACUUGUAAACAAUAAUCCCGUUUUGUCUGGAGUUAAACCCAUAACCCCGUCGUUGGUUCAGAUUGCAGGAUUGCACGUUGAGGGCAACGACCAGACUUUGCCUUUGGAACUCAAAAGCUGGAUGGAUGAAAGUUCACAUGGAGUCGUUUACUUCACACUUGGAUCAAUGGUUUUGGUAGAAUCUCUGCCUGUUGAUCAAAUAAGAGAAAUUUUCUCUUCCUUCAAAAAAAUAGCACCUGUCAAAGUUUUGGUUAAAAUAGUCGAUAGUUCAAAAAUUCCAUUCAAACUACCCGACAAUGUUAAAAUUUUACCCUGGACACCUCAACAACCCGUUUUAGCUCAUCCAAAUACGAAAGUAUUUAUCACGCAUGGAGGACUUGGUGGCAUCCAAGAAGCAUUGUAUUAUGGAAUCCCUAUGAUUGGAAUUCCAUUAUUUGGCGAUCAGUUUAGAAACGUCGCGGCUUUCGCUGAGAAAGGAAUGUUGAUCCGAAUUGAUUUGAAGCAACUUUCAGAAGAAUUAUUGGACUCGUCACUCCAAACUCUGCUUCGCAAUCCUGCCUACAAGAAGAAGGCUCUUCAUUUAUCAAAACUUUUCCGAGAACAACCUAUCAGCCCGAUGAAUAACGCAAUUUACUGGAUAGAAUAUGUGAUAAGAAAUGGUGCAGAUUCAAUCAGAUCGUCAGCUUUGCAAUUCUCUUGGUGGCAAUUAGCUUUACUCGACGUUUACUGCUUCAUAUUGUCCGUCAUUGUCCUAACUCUUACGGCCAUCGUACUGUGCAUCAAAUUUAUUAUUCGCAAGUUUAGUAGGACACCACAUUAUAAAAGGCCCCAGAAGAGGAAAAUUAAUUAGUAUUAUCAAUUGCAUUUAGUUUAACUAAGUUAGAAGUAAAAUUUUUUUAUAGUGCCAAUAAAAAAUGCCUUUCUGUGGUAUAUAUUCAACUAAAUAACAAUAAAACUGCGCAAUAUUGCGAAUAUUUUCGGAUAACGAUACAAAAUUUUUUUUUCCCAAACACAUGUAUUUUAUUUUUUUAAUAUUUUCACAUUUUUCAUUGAUUCUGCUGUCCGUAAAUUGCCAGAUUAGAAUCAAUUCGAUAAGACUUAGACAGCUGCACGUGCGCUAUAUAGUUACAAGUGCAGCUAAUUUUCACUGUCUUUUUAUAGUAUCGCAGUACUGAUUAGAUAGUCACUUAAUCAAACCGACGAAUGUGAUGACGCAAUGUGACGGACAUGCUGAAAUGUUAAUUUUUGACUGACAUAAUCUUUUGUUUCAAGAACUGAUAUUUUUCUCCCUCCGAAGUGUACACUAAAUUAUGAUUAAAAAAACUUGAAUAAAGGUAUAACAAAUAA